UCACCGCCUUGCGAGCAACACAACUAAUCAACAAAACAUCCAAGAUGUGCGGAACUGUCGUCAAAUAAUCAUUACGCUAAUAGCUAUUAAUAAAUUACCUUUACGUUGAUAACGUUAAUAAAUGUCGGUGCACUUCGACGAGAGGAGCGGGGUGGUCCCAUGCCAGACAAGCUGGGGCUCCUGGAGCCAAACUAUGGAGGAGAUCUUCAUCGAAGUCAACGUUCCUCCGGGGACAUCUGCUAAACAAGUCAAAUGUCGUUUGGGAGCCAGAGACAUGGAGCUCCACGUCGAAGGGAAAGAGGUUAUAAAGGGGCGGUUGUUUGGCACAACUGUUUCGGAUGAGGCCACAUGGACACUGGAGGAUAAGUGUCUCAUCCGAAUUGUCCUGAUGAAGACCAACAGAGAGGCUGGGAACUGCUGGUCUUCCUUGUUAGAGGGAGAGUACUCUGCCAAUGCUUGGGUCCAGGACCAGAUGCAGAGAAAGCUCACACUGGAAAGGUUCCAGCGAGAGAAUCCUGGAUUUGACUUCAGCGGGGCAGAGAUUUCUGGAAACUUUGCUGGUGGUGGUCCAGACUUUUCCAGUUUACAAAAGUGACCUGCCACAGUAAGCUAAUACUAACAUACCUGCCAACUACUCCGGUUUUCCCGUAAUUAGUACGGUUUUCAUCAACCUAUUCCGGGUUACGGUUGCAGUGAUAAAAAAUACGGUUUUUCAUUAAUUAAAUUUAUUUUUAUUUUUUUAAGUUUUAUUCACGAAAUCGCGUAACAACAAUGACAAUCGACACUGCUUCUCGUAACUUCCUAUCGAGCCAUUCCGAAUGCCAUGCGCGAGGCUAUUUAUAGCACCGCUGCCAAGCACGAGGCACCAGUUGCCAUUGUUUCCAAACGAGCGAACGAUCAUGGAAUCAGCCGGAGAAAAAUCGCAAACGAGUCUUAAACCGAAAAGAAAACUGCAGUCAUUCCGUGAAGAAUAUUCAAAAGCCUAUCCGGGAAUAAUUAUCCGUUCCAAAAAGGGUGAAAACUACGCGAAUUGCACCUUGUGCAGACAAGAUUUUUCAAUCGGACACGGAGGAAUUAGCGAUGUAAAAGACCACGUUGGGACAAAAAAACACAAGUCUAAUGCCGUUGCUAGCGAUACAAGUGGAAAACUUUCAACGUUUUUCGUCGCCCAAACAGAUUCUUUGGAUGUGAUAAAUGCCGAAGUUUUAUUUACGGAGGCAAUAAUUGAGCAUGGACUUCCAAUCGCAUUGGCUGAUCACAUGGGACAGUUAAAUGUUUGUAAUGCAACCUUUAAAAAUCAUUACGCGGUGAUCGCGGUCCCAAAAAUAAACUUUUCUUGCAUGAUAAUGUCCAGAAAAACUCACUUUAUAUUACUAUAGAGUCCUUUUAACGAAUGAGUUUGAUGGUUUAUCACAAACCUUAAAUGAAAGAAGUCCUUUGUUCUCCUGCACCAUGCAUGCACUUUGGCCUUGCUUCGUGUUUGGUGCGCAUCCUGUCGGCUGUAUUUCACAGCACGUCUUUGACAACUUGAAGUGGCAUAAAACAUUUAAAACAAAGGGGUUAUAGGAACAAUCACUUUCAGUGUUUUAUGCCACUUCAAGUUGUCAAACACGGUAUGCUGGUGCCCGACUGCCACAAGUGGAACAAACAUUUGAAACAAAGGGGUUAUAGGAACAAUCACUUUCAGUGUUUUAUGCCACUUCAAGUAAACUUAUCAUAAAGUUACCAUAUCAUUUUUGCAGUAUGAUCAAUCUGAUAGAAUACAUUUGGAUUUUAGCCACAAAAAGGUAAUGACACCAAUGUUAUCUAUUGGAAUUGUUUAGUACUGUUAUACUGUUAAAAGUGUUUAUACUAUUUAUGCUUUCAAGU